GGAAGCCGCAGUCGGCUGCAGGUGCCUCCAGGUGUGGCUCAAACUCUGUUGGUUCAGACAUAAAGUCUCAGAUCUCCUGCGCUCUCUCAGCUUCCAAGCUCUUUAGGUUAACCAGGCCUCACUGUGACUCGGAGUCCGGCGACCUUUGACCUGGACAGUCUGUAACGUGCCCAGCUGUUAGCCCGCAACCAUGCCACCUCCAGGAGCCUGUCUGAACAUCAUGGAGGCCCGCCAGCGCCGGGAAGGCUUCGGCCACGCCUCCAGCCCCGGCCGGCUCUUCGGUCAGGACUUCCAGCAGCUGAAGGAGUUCUGUGUCAGCAGGCGGCUGAAGUUCAUCGACGACAUGUUCCCUCCUGACAGGAAGUCCAUCGGACAGGGAGUCCUGAGCCCCUCGGACCUGGCCCGGGUCGUCUGGCUCCGGCCAACGAAAAUUGCUCAGAACCCGUCCUUCGUCCUGGAAGGGUUCUCCAGGUUUGACUUUGGUCAAGGAGUUCUGGGAAACUGCUGGUUUCUGGCGUCGAUCGGCGCGCUGACGUUCCAGGAUCAAGUCCUCCAGCAGGUCAUCCCUCAGGAACAAAACUUUGAUGAGAACUACUGCGGCCUGUUUCAUUUCAGGUUCUGGAGAUUUGGGAAGUGGGUGGACGUUGUGAUUGAUGACAACCUGCCAACGAUCAACGGCAGCCUGAUCUUCGUUCACUCCAAGAAACAGAACGAGUUCUGGCCCGCCCUGCUGGAGAAAGCAUACGCCAAGGUGUGUGGCUCCUACACCGACAUGAAUGCUGGAACUCCUGCAGAGGCCUUGAUGGACUUCACUGGAGGCAUCCACAUGUGCAUCCAGCUGUCGGAUCCUCCUCCGGACCUGUGGAGGCUGAUGUCCAGAGCCGGGAACUAUGGCGCUCUGCUCAGCUGUAGCACGCCACAAGGGGAGUCAUCCUCGUUGACUUUGUCUCCCAACGGCCUCGUCGAGGGCCACGCCUACACCGUGACUGGAGUCAUCCAGAUGAUGAGCAGAGGAAAGCCGGUGAAGAUGCUGCGUCUGUGGAAUCCCUGGGGAAAAGGAGAGUGGAACGGAGACUGGAGCGACCGCUCGUCUCUGUGGCAAACCGUGAGCUCCCAAGAUCGAGAGAAAUGCCUUUCAGUGGCCGACGACGGAGAGUUUUGGAUGACGCUGGAGGACUUCUCCAAGUUCUUCACAGAUCUGGACAUCUGUGGUCUGAACCCGAACUUCCUGGACGAAGACUCGUCUUCCCAGUGGACGACCUCUGUGGCGGAGGGCCGCUGGGUGGCGGGAACAACGGCUGGAGGCUGCAUGAAUUACAAAGACAGCUUCUGGACCAAUCCGCAGUACCGAGUCAAGCUGUGUGGCGAGAAGGCUGAGAAAAACAUCCUGGUGUCUCUGAUGCAAAAAUCCGACAAGAGGAACCGACACCUGGUCCAGAACCUCCACAUCGGCUUCUCCAUAUUUGAGGUGAAAGAACAGCAUCGGGCACACAGGGGGAAAUUCACGGCCUCGUUCUUCAGCUCUCAACAACCCGUCGCCCAAACCAAGACCUUCAUGAACGCUCGGGAAGUGAUGGAGCUGCUGACGCUGAAGCCUGGAGAGUACAUGAUCGUCCCGUCCACCUUCCAUCCCAACGAGACGGCGUCCUUCCUCCUGACCAUCCUGUGCAAGACCGAGACCCGCUGCUAUGAGAACUCUGGUGAGCGUUCUCCAGAACCGGUUCCAGAGGUGAUGAAGGUGAAGAACAGACCGGAGGAUGAAAAUAAGAACGCUUUCUUCCGUCAACAUUCAGACAAGUAUGAAGAGAUGGACGCAGAGCAGCUCCAGAGAAUCCUAAACGAGAAACUUCUGAAAGGAGACCUGAAGUCCGGAGGGUUCAGCAUCGACGCCUGUCGGAGCAUGGUGGCUCUCAUGGACACGUCAGUAACUGGGAGACUGAACAGCAGCGAGUUCAUCCGACUGUGGAACAAAGUCGUCAUUUACAAGGACAUUUUCUUUCAAACUGAUGUUUCUCGGACUGGAACCCUGUCACUGACGGAGCUCAGGAACGCAGUCGUCGCUUCAGGGAUGAGAGUCUCUGACGACACUCUGAACCUGAUGGCCCUGCGCUACGGCGCCUCUUCUGGUCACAUGACACUGGAGAGCUUCAUUAGCCUCAUCCUGCGUCUGGACUGCAUGUUCAAGAUCUUCCGGCAGCUGUCUGAUGGGAAAACGAUGAGCCUGCAGGAGUCAGAGUGGAUCUACGUUUCCAUGUACACGUGAGUCUGCACGAGGACAGGCGCUCAGGAAGAAGAUCGGUUCCCUCUCACCCUAAACUGAUCUACCUUCAAUUAAUUUUAUGUGUAUUUUCUGUGGAAAACAUUUCAAGUUUACAACAUCAACUGAUUAAAUAAAAAACACAUUUCCAAUUUUACUGCAUG